UAAGUUUUCUUCUUUCUGAACUCCUCCAUUCUCCUUUCUCAGAACAAAGCAAUGGAUGCAUCCUGUUUCCUCACCUCCAAAAUCUCCAGCAAAAGUGUAGAUUUUAUUCCACCCUUCAAUACCAGGAUCUCCAGCCCCCUCAAGAGAAGGUCUGCAAAAUGGCUCCACACUUUUCCUUCAGCUUCAUCCCCUUCCUCUAUAACAACUUGCAACCUUCAAUCUAGGCUACCUGAUGACGACCAUGACCAGCAGAUAAAAUCUGAUUGGCGGUCCUUUCGAGCAAGGCUAGUCGCCGGAGAGCAAGCUUCUUGCAACAGCGCCGGGGAUCGAUGGGUUCAUCGUCUGCACGAGCCUGAGAAGGGAUGCAUUCUAAUUGCCACAGAGAAGCUCGACGGCGUACACAUAUUCGAACGCGCCAUAAUUCUCCUCAUAUCAACUGGUCCUUUGUGUCCUACUGGUGUCAUCUUGAAUCGCCCAUCACUCAUGUCAAUCAAGGAGACGAAGUCGACAGUCUUCGACGUCUACGGAACCUUCUCCGGCCGACCGCUUUUCUUUGGGGGGCCGCUUGAGGAAGGCCUCUUCUUGGUGAGAUCAAGGGUGGGUGGAGAGGAGGAGGAUGAUGAUGGAGUGGGGAAAAGUGGUGUGUUUGAAGAGGUUAUGAAGGGAUUGUACUAUGGAACUAAGGAGAGUGUAGGCUGUGCUGCUGAGAUGGUGAAGAGGAAUGUUGUUGGAGUGGAGGGUUUCAGAUUCUUUGAUGGAUAUUGUGGAUGGGAGAAGGAUCAGCUGAAGGAGGAAAUCAGGGCAGGCUACUGGAAUGUGAUGGCCUGUAGCUUGAGUGUGGUAGGAAGUUAUGGGAUUGGUUGGGGAGAGGAAAGUGUGGUGAUAUAG